AUGGAAGUUAGAGAUAGAAGUGAAGAUGAGUUGGAACCAACUUUGCAAGUUGGGUCUGACAGGCCUGAAUCGAAGGUUUCCACCCAAAUGAGACUGAAACUGCCAUCCGUGGCACUUGCCUGUGACGGAACUGGAGUUUCAGAUCGUGCUGCUGCUAUAAUCGCAAAUGCUGUUUUAGAGGAUAUUGGACUAAAAGCAAUUCUAUACAGCAAUCAAAACCAGCCGAUUCUAGCAAACUUAACAAACGUGGGAGAAGCAGCAAAUGAUCUUCCAUGGCCAGAAGAAGAUCCUUAUGCAAGCGAUCACGACAGCAAUGAUCCAGAUGAUGGAAUUGACGAGAAAAAUCUUGUUAAUGAUGAACUGGAUGACAUGGUCGAAAUUAAUGAGGACUCAAUCGAAAAGAAGCAAUGA